AUGGAGCGGGACCAGCUUAAGGUUGAAGUAGCCAACUGCACACAGUUCAUUAAGGCAGGAAAACUUUUGUUCGGCUGGUCUUCGAUUGAGGAAGAGUGGUUGGGAAAAUCUCGAACGGGGAGUAGGCCCAAUACGUUUGCGCCCACCAAGGAACGAGUGGAAGACAACGAAAAACUUGCAGUUACAGAUGGAUACAUUGAAGAGGGGAUUGCUAGGAAGAGCAGCUGCAGCUUUGGAGUGAAAAAAUUCAUACUCACUAGGACUGGAGAGAUAGAAAUGGCGAGUAAUAUUGAUGUAGAUGACAUUCUUGACGCUGUUGACAUAGAUGACAGUGAAUAUGAUACAUCUGAUGAUGAAUACACUCCUAACUCUUCUGAAGAGAGUGAAAUAGAAGAUGAACCAGCUGCCAGGAGGGCCAAACCACCAAAGGCAAAGAAAAGACGAUCUUGCCCAGCUGAUACGGAUGAUGACAUUCCAUUAGCUGUCUUACGUGACCGGAUUCGCGAGUCCCGUGAAGAAGACUUUGACUCCGAAAUGUUGUCCGAAAUGCUAGAUUCACCGAUGUGGGCUGAGCUUCCACUGGGGCCAACUGAUACUGCCUUCAAAGGACCAAUCGAGCAGCUGCUCACAGAUGGUUUGCAAUCCCCCUAUGAAUUUUUUCGGCUGCUGAUUACUGACAACAUGCUAGAACAUGUGGAAAGGCAAACAAAUCUCUAUGCAAUGUCUAAGAGUGGUAUCGAACUGAAAACAACUGCAAAAGAAAUCGAAGUGUUCAUAGGACUAUACUUGCGUAUGGGCCUUAUGAAAAGUCACUGCGUCAGGGCAUAUUGGUCAUGGGAAACACGCUAUCCACCUGUGGCAGAGGAGAUGUCAAGAAAUAGAUUUGAACUGUUGGCAAGGCAUAUUCACUUUUGUGAGAACACAUCACUCACAGAUGAGCAGAAAGCAGCUGAUCGCGUAUGGAAGGUACGGCCUUGGUUGGGCAUGUUACGCACAAAUCUUGAGAAAAUUAUUCCAUUGCAAGACCAGAGCGUUGAUGAAAUAAUGGUUGCCUUCAAAGGUAGAUCUGGACUAAAACAAUACAUCCGUAACAAGCCCAGAAAAUGGGGAUUCAAGCUGUGGGCUCGUGCUGGGUCUGAUGGAAUACUCCAUGAUUUUGAUGUCUACCAAGGGAAGAGGGAUACAGAUAACUCAAAUAGAGUGGGUAUGGGUGGGAAUGUGGUGUUAGAGAUGACACGAAAACUCCCUACAGAUGCCAAUUUCCGCAUUUAUGCUGAUAACCUUUUCUCUGGACUGGCUCUGGUAAAUGAACUCCGAGAUAGGGGGAUGUGGUAUGUUGGUACAGUCCGUGAGAACAGACUGAAAGGCUGUAACUUGAAGUCAGAGAAACAUCUGAAGAAAGAGAAACGGGGUGCUGUGGAUAGUAAACUGGAGGUUAAUUCCAACACUGUGGUAGUCCGUUGGAUGGACAACAGAAAGGUAGACCUGAUUUCGUCAUUUGUAGGAGUGGAACCCAUUACAACUGUGAACCGAUAUGAUAAGAAACGGAAACAGUUUGUUGAAGUAGAGUGCCCCGCCAUAGUGAAAAUGUACAACAAAAACAUGGGAGGGGUUGAUCUCUUGGAUUCUCUCACAGCCCUGUACAAAUUUGGCAUCAAGUCAAGGCGCUGGUAUCUGUACAUCUUCUACCACACGAUAAACAUGGCUGUCGUAAAUUCAUGGAACUGGUAUCGUCGCCACUGCUCUCUUCUCGCGGAAAAGUCACUCCAGCUCUCUGAUUUCCAAUCCAAUAUUGCCAGUUGUCUUAUCAAUGUGAAGAAAGUUCCUGGAAGACCCGCGAUGAAUUCCCCUUUAACACCCAAACCUGCAGCCUCCAGUACAAAUGAGCAGGUGCCAUUCGCUGAUGUUCGUCUGGACUCCGUCGGUCACCUGCCAGAGUGGACAACCAGAGGUCGAUGCAAGGCCCCAUCCUGCCAGAAACUCAGCUUUGUUGUCUGCACGAAGUGCAAAACCCAUUUGUGUUUUAACAAAGACCGGAACUGUUUCAAAGAUUUUCAUUCCAACAAGUAA